AGAAUAAGAACAAAUAACAGCUUGGUAACCACAUCAGCAUAUUUGGACUGAGGAUAAGAGGAUGGAUUUAUGUGGCAUUAAGUUGUGGAUGUUCUUACUUGGAAUGAUUUCCCAGAAUGCGGUUCAAGGAAGCUCCCUGACCAUCAGCAUCUAUACAGCCACCUCGAAAAGUGCCGUCCUCCGCUGGAACAGCUACCCCGGUUCAUCUUCAUACAGGGUCACCGCUUUUCUCCGAAACUCUGUACAGCCGUUCGUCUUCAGCAGCUUCAGCCAGAACACUCUCAUGGGGUCCAUCAACUCCCUCUCUCCCAACACCAAUUACACCUUUCAGGUAGAGGCUCUGGACGGCUCCAUGACUGUACUGACUCAGAGCAGCUUGGACGGAUCUACAGCUCCUGAUGUGCCAACCAUCAAGACGGCCUCUUCCAAACAGAGUCAGAACAUGACAGUGGAGUUUGUGGAAGUUCCAGGGGCUACCUCCUACAUUAUUCGGGCCGAGACCAGUGAUGGCUCCUUUUUCUCUGAGAUGACCGUGCUGGGCACUCCUGGAACGAUCGUGGGCCUGCAGCCCUACACUGACUACACUCUCAGUGUCAUGUCUGUCAACAGUGCCGGCAGGAGCCAGCCGUCUGAGUUUGUCCAGGCAAAGACAGUUCUGGCCAGUCCUCAGCUGACCAGCAGCUCCCCCAGUAACAGCAGCAUUGUUGUACUCUGGGCUCCAGUGCCACAUGCCGUGCUUUACAGCCUGAGCAUCAUCCGUGAGGGCUCGUUCCUCCAGAGUCCCAUCAACACCACUAACACCAGUGUCACCAUCAAUAGCCUGGAGGCUGGAACCAUCUAUUGCAUCAAAGUAAAUGCCUGGAGCCCAGAAAGCGUCCCUGGAGACGAUGUCACUGUCUGCCAGAUCACACGUCCAUCCACUCCUCAGUCGGUGGUGCUACAGACAGUCAAUGGUAUGACCACUCUCUCUGUGUCAUGGGCCACGGUGCGCGGGGCAGAUCGGUAUACAGUGAUCAGCUCAUCUGGUCUAAACUGCACGUCCAACUCCAGUACCUGCAUGCUGACCCCACUGACCUGUGGACAGAUCCAAUACAUCUCUGUCACUGCCAUGAACCAGGCUGGACCCAGCCUACCGUCAGAUCCACAACAAUUCAUCACAUUCCCGUGUCCCCCACAGCCCCUCCGUGUGGAUGAAAUAGCAGCGGGCAACUGUUCAGUCGUCUGGAGCUCAGUGGCCUACGUGGAUUACUACACAGCCUUCAUCAAGCGAGACGAUGGUACAGAGCAGACGUGUAACUCCACUGGAACGUCCUGUAACUUCAACUGCCACUGCGGAUACUCCUACAUCAUGAGCGUCUUCGCCAACAACCAGGCUGGAUCCAGCCCAUCUGGACCCGUCCUAAACCAGACCACCUUGCCUUGCUGUCCAGGGAACAUGUCCGUGUCCAGUGUGUCCUGGGAGUCAGUGAUGAUCUCGUGGAUGGCGGUGCGUGGGGCAGAUGUGUAUGAGACUCGGGCAGUUGAUGCUAAAGGAGAGUUGGUGUGUAAUGACACCUCACCUGUAUGUGUGCUGUCUGAUCUCACCUGCAACACCAGAUACAGCCUGCUGGUGGCAGCGUGUAAUGACCCACGCGGCUGCAACAGAACCUGCAGCCCACAGACAUACCAAACAGCUCCCUGUAUGCCUGAGAUAGUGCAGGUAACACGGAGUAACUCCAGCUCCAUCAACAUCACCUGGACGUCCACUAACUCUGCUGCUAAUUACACGGUCAGUGUGAUCGGCUCAGUGGGUAACCCCCUGACCUGUCAGUCUGGUGGGACCUCUUGUACCGUGACUGGACUGGCGUGUGGCACCUCCUACAGGAUCAACGCCAUAGCGUCCACUGCAGCUGGGCUCAGCAUGCCCAGUUACAGCGUGCCCUUCGAGACAGCUCCAUGCUGUCCCCAAAACCUGAGCGUGCUUCAAGUGACGCAAGCUAUGAGUAACGUCAGCUGGUCAGAGGCUCGGGGAGUUCAGUCCUUCAUAGCAUCUCUGACCUCUCCACGGGGUCACGCUCAGUGCCACACCGCUCAGACCACGUGUCUGAUGGGCUGCAUCACUUGUGGAACAAACUACACUGUCUCACUGCAGGCCAUCAGCUCCACUGGAAGCACAGCAGAAUGCACCUACCAUGGAUUCUCCACCAGUGAGUGCUGUCCCUCAGGGAUUCGUCUUUUUAGACGCGCCAAUAACACCCUCCGUGUGCAGUGGAGAUCCAGCAGCCCCCUCAGUAACUACACAGCCGUGGUUACAGGCAGCACGAGCAGCCAUUCUUGCAGCCCCCUGGAGACGGGUCAGAACACCUGUGAUGUCUCUGACAUCACCUGUGGUGACGUGUACUCAGUAGUGGUCGCUCCAGUCAACCCAGACGGAACUGUGGUCCAGUUCUGCUCUAGCAGGAUGUACUCUGUUUUCUGCUCUGGCAGCGGUGUCGGAACGGUUCUCUAUCGAGGGAGGAGGAGUGUGGAUUAGCGAAAGCUUCACGUGAAAGUGUCAAAAGAGCAUGACUGCACUCUUCUGCAUAACAUCCCAAAACCCAGGAAGCAAUCAUUGGUGAUAUUCCUUAAAACAACACAGAAUGUCCUCUUGUCAUGUUAAAGCAAUUAGACUAUAGACUAACAGGUUAUUUAAAGCUGUUUAACUAUGAAGGUCAACAAAAUGAGAACAUUAUUAAGAUGCUAAUGAGUUAAUUACCACAAGGAAACAAGGUGAGACACUACAGGUGAAUAGGGUUAUUAUUUUUUUUAUUUUAGAUAGACAGUGAAUCAUUGCAGAUUGAUUACUGAUAUGUUACAAGUACAUUUGGUAUUAGAAGCUUUGCAAAGACAUCAAUUAAAAUAAGCAAAUGAGAUGUUAUCUACUUAAAUAUAUUGCUUUGAUUGUGAAGACACGCUCCAAAGAAAAGAUUUUACAGGACAGCUUGAGAUCUCAUUGUUUUAAUUAGAACUUUUAUUCAUUUUAAUUAAUAAAAUUUUAAUUAGAACUAAUUAUAAUAAUCUAAAGUAUUUUCCAAGUCAAUUUUAUAGUACAAAACCUAGUAAAACUCCAGCUAUGGGAAAUGUAUUCGGUAAUCUUUCUGUAAUAUCCUUCAGAAUAGAAAUUAACAUGUACAAUUUAAUACAAUUUAAAAAAGCUGAGAUUUUUGGCUCUGAAAAAAAGCUGAUUUUGAGAAAAAUGAUAUUAAGAAUGGGCCUCAGAGCUGCAAUACCCAGUGAAGGCUCAGAAAACAUGCACCAUUUGUAUGAAUAUUGUCAUCAGUACAAAUGAUAGUCGACAUAUUCACAUAACUUGUUCAUGUUCUAUAAAAACCAAGCUUUUCAGUAAUAUAUGACACAUGGUUGUGCCAAGUAUGGCAGAGUUAAGUUUCAGGAAAAUCCAGCGAGGCACAGUCAGUAUUUGGAUUGACUAGAUACACUAAAAUAAACAUAAUUCUGUUGAGUUUUGACAAUUUAUAAUUCCGUUUUAAGAAAAGACACAGAUUCACUAUAUCCAAAAAUCUGAGGAAUGGUUGACGGGACCAUAACCAUAAUUUCUACCUGUAAUGUCUGGCCUUCAGGCAACGUAUUUAUUUCAAAUCCUAUAUGAGACCUCCUGUUGUUUAAAGUAUAAUAUGUUUGCUGGGCUGCACAAACUUAGCUUUAAAUUCCCUUUUAUUUUAGUCUUUCUAUUGGAAACCUACAAGUUUAACAUAAAUAGCCUCGUGUUGAGAAGGUGUGAUUAUUGAAUAUAAAGCACAACGUUCAGGGGUCCCAUCUUCUCAGGGAGAAUGACCAAAGGCCUUUUUACACAUGCACUCUGGGAUGCCCUGUUAUUCCCAUUACUGUGUUUAUUUGAUUGGUUAUCUUUGUAAUAAUGCCACGACCCAUUCAAGACACAGUACUCCUCCAAUGUAGCACAUAAUAUAGUGGAAAUUCGUUUUCUUAUCUAAUCCAAGUUCCAGACAUUUAUAAUUUCAACAAAAGGUUACGAAAAUCACACUAAUUUGUUGGCAAUAAGCAAAAACGAUGUCCAUGUUGCAUGUUUGUGUAUUAGAAGUUAUUUUGAGGAUUCAAUUUAAAUCAAAUUAAACAUUCAAAACAUACACUCUCCCUACGUUUUUGUGCCUCCAAGGGAAGUAUAGGAAUCCAGUUGUUUAAGUGAAUAAUAUAAUUUGCAUGAUUUCCUUUGGAUGUAAUAUAAGACACAAUGUUAAAUAUAUAUAUAUAUAUAUAUGGUUCACUAUCAUUAUUAUUAGCCAAAGAUUAAAUAAACUCCCUGCAUUACUGA